AUGGCUCUGACCGUGUGUGUGCGGCGACUAACAGGGCUGCCAGGCAUCCAUGACCGGCAAGUCAGGCUCAGCUUUCGGGGCUAUACCCAGAAAACAAGGAAAAUCCACUGUGGCCGAGACGCUGACAUUGGUGAGUUGUUCCGCUGGCCCCACUAUGGGGCUCCACUGGCCGGGGAGUGUCUGUCUGUGCGGGUUGUCAAUUGCAGCCGUGUGUUCAGGCCCAGGCCUCUGGGGACCCUGGUGAUCUCCCUGCAGCAGCUGCAGAGUGCUGGGCACUUGGUGCUGCGAGAGGCUCUAGUGGAUGAACACCUGCGCGUGUCCCCGAUCCAGGUGGAGCUUGACCUGAAGUACCAGCCCCCAGAGGGUGCCGCCGGGGACUGGGCAGAGGAGGACUUUGGGGCACCCAUCCGGGACAGCUCAGAGCUAAUCAUCCCCAAUGUGGGCUUCCAGGAGCUAGAGCCUGAGGAGGCCCGGCUGGAGCGGCGGGCAGUGGCUUUGGGCCGCAGACUUGCCCGAAGCCUAGGCCAGCACGAUGAUGAUGACGACGAGCUGGAGCUGCAGCUGGAGCUGGGCCUGGAGGAUGAACCUGACGUGGAGCUCUCCGGGGUCGUGUUCAGCCCCCUGAAGAGCCGAGCUCGGGGCCCGGCCCGCGGGGAUCCCUUGCAGCUGUCCAGAGCCCAGGACUUCCAGGUGGGGGUCACCGUGCUAGAGGCGCAGAAGCUGGUGGGGGUCAACAUUAACCCCUACGUGGCCGUGCGUGUCGGGGAGCAGCGCCGAGUCACGGCCACGCAGCGCGGGACCAACUGCCCCUUCUACAACGAGUACUUCCUGUUCGAAUUUCACGAGAGCCGGCUUCGCCUCCAGGACUUGCUGCUGGAGAUCACGGUUUUCCACUCGCAGACCCUGCCCUUCAUGGCCACCCGGAUAGGCACCUUCAGGAUGGACCUGGGCAUUGUCUUCGACCAGCCAGAUGGCCAUUUCUACCAGAAAUGGGCUCCGCUGCACGACCCUCGGGACACCCGCGCCGGGAUCAAGGGCUUUGUCAAGGUCACACUGUCCGUGAGGGCGCGCGGGGACCUGCCCGCUUCACUGCCGGCCCCGGGCCCCGGGCACAGCGCGGACAUCGAGAAGAACCUGCUCCUGCCUCGCCGGGUGCCGGCCGAGCGGCCGUGGGCGCGGCUCCGCGUGCGCGUGUUCCGCGCCGAGGGGCUUCCGGCGCUGCGCCCCGGGCUGCUGGGAAGCCUGGCCCGCGCCCUGCAGGACCAGCGCGUCCUCCUGGACCCUUACGUGAGGGUGUCUUUCCUGGGACAGCAGGGCGAGACGUCGGUGCGCGAGGAGGCGGCGGCGCCCGAGUGGAACGAGCAGCUGAGCUUCGUGGAGCUCUUCCCGCCGCUGACGCGCGGCCUUCGCGUGCAGCUGCGGGACGACGCGCCGCUCGGCGACGUGGCCCUCGCCACGCACGUGCUGGACCUGAGGCAGAUCUCCCACGCAGGCCGCGCAGCGGGGUUUAACCCCACCUUCGGCCCGGCCUGGGUGCCCCUGUACGGCUCGCUCCCCAGUGCGGGGCUCCGGGAUGGUCUGCAAAGUCUCAACGAAGGCUUUGGCCAAGGCAUUUGGUACCGCGGCCGCCUGCUGGUGGCUGUGUCCAUGGAGGUGUUCGAAGGCAGAGCUGAGCCUGAGGCCCCCAAGGCCCCACAGGGGUCCAGAUUGUCCCGACUGACCGGAAAGAAGAAGAAGAAAGCCAGGCGCGGCCAGGCCCCAACAGGGGCUCCGCAGUCGGGGGCCGCCGGCGCCGGCACCGGUGCUGAUGGACCUGAGAUUCCCAGCGCCAUGGAAGUGGAGGUGGAAGAGCUGCUGCCGCUGCCAGAGAACGCCCUGGCGCCCUACCAAGAUUUCCUGCUUUUUGGUGUGCUCUUCGAGGCCACCAUGAUUGACCCUGCCGUGGCCUCCCAACCCAUCAGCUUCGAGAUUUCUAUUGGUCGCGCCGGCCGGCAGGAGGAGCACUUGGGCCGAGGGCCCAGGGCCGGAGAGGAAGCCGAGGGUGCCGUGGCAGAGACCCAGCCUCUGCUGGAGUCAGAAGUGGGGGCUGGGCAGGAUGAGGAGGAGAAGGAGGAGGAGCUGGGGACCCCCGCUCAGCGGCCUGAGCCCAUGGACGGCAGUGGGCCAUACCUCUGCUUGCCCCUGCGGCACCGCAAGCCCUGCGUGCGCGUGUGGAGCCGCUGGGAAGACUACACGUGGCGCCUGCACAGCAGCAACUGCGUGCGCAAAGUGGCUGAGCGGCUGGACCUGGGGCUGCAGGAGGUUGAGAAGAUGCAGCGCAGACCAGGACCUGGCGCCUGCACGAGGCUCAAGCAGGCGCUGGAGGAGCUGGUGGCCGGGAGCAGACAGUUCACCCGCGGCGCGGAGCAGCGGACCAUGACGCGGCCCAACGCCCUGGAUCGCUGCCGGGGAAAAUUGCUGACUCACAGCCUGAACCUGUUGGCAAAGCAAGGACUGUGGCUUCUCCGGGGCCUGAGACAGGGCACCAUGCAAAAGAAGAUGAUGUUGGCGAAAAAGCUCCUGGAGAAACUGCGCUUCCUGGCUCAGGAGCCCCAGCCGCCACUGCCCGACGUGCUGGUCUGGAUGCUCAGUGGGCGGCGCCGCGUGGCCUGGGCCCGGAUCCCUGCCCAGGAUGUGCUGUUCUCUGUGGUGGAGGAGGAGCGGGGCCGGGACUGUGGGAAGAUCCAGAGCCUGCUGCUCACAGCCCCUGGAGCAGCCCCUGGCGAGGUCUGUGCCAAGCUGGAGCUCUUCCUGUGGCUGGGGCUGGGCAAGCAAGCCAAGGCCUGCACCUCCGAGCUGCCUCCGGACCUGCUGCCCGAGCCUGCGGCUGGGCUGCCCCGCAGCCUGCACCGGGACGACUUCAGCUACUUCCAGCUCCGGGCUCACAUGUACCAGGCCCGAGGUGUGCUGGCCGCAGACGACAGUGGGCUCUCGGACCCCUUUGCUCGAGUGCUCAUCUCUACCCAGUGCCAGACCACGCGGGUCCUGGAGCAGACGCUGAGCCCGCUGUGGGAUGAACUCUUGGUAUUUGAUCAGCUGAUCGUGGACGGGCGGAGGGAGCACCUGCAGGAGGAGCCUCCCUUGGUGGUCAUCAAUGUCUUUGACCACAAUAAGUUUGGCCCUGCUGUGUUCCUGGGCAGGGCGCUGGCUGCGCCCAGGGUAAAGCUGGUGGAGGACCCGUACCAGCGGCCCGAGCUGCAGUUCUUUCCCCUGAGGAAGGGGCCCCGGGCGGCCGGAGAGCUCAUCGCCACCUUCGAACUCAUUGAACUGGACUACAGCCGCCGAUUUGAGCCCUCAGUGCCCAGUGACGUGGAGCCCCAGGACCUGACGCCCUUGGCGGAGCCCGUCUCCGGACGCCUGUCCCUGCCACCCAGCGUGCGCCCAGUGCUCAGGGAGUUCCGUGUCGAGGUGCUGUUCUGGGGCCUGAGGGGCCUCGGGCGCGUGCACCUGUUCGAGGUGGAGCAGCCCCAGGUUGUGCUGGAGGUGGCUGGGCGACGGGUGGAGUCUGAGGUCCUGGCCAGCUACCGCGAGAGCCCCAACUUCACCGAGCUCGUCAAGCAUCUGACGGUGGACUUGCCGGAGCAGCCUUACCUGCAGCCCCCACUCAGCAUCCUGGUGAUCGAGCGCCGGGCCUUUGGCCGCACGGUCCUGGUGGGUUCCCACAUUGUCCCCCACAUGCUGAGGUUCACACUCCAGGGUCCUGACGAUGCCCCUGAGGAGGAAGGAGAAGAGGAGGACCCGGGGGACCUGGUGCCCAAAGGACCUCAAGAAUCCAAGUCUCCAGAUCCCCCGCUGGCUGAAGCAGGGCUAUCCGGGCGGCUCCUGAAGGAGCCCUGAGUCUUCUCCCUUGUUGCCCUGAAGAAGCUCCCGCUGGGAGGCCUCCUGAGCCAAGGCCCUGAGCUGGAGGAAGACGUCCCUGACCCCGAGGAGCUUGACUGGUGGUCCAAGUACUACGCGUCGCUGCAGGAGCUCCGGGGACAGCCCAGCGUUGAUGAGGAUGAAAUGGACGACCCGGGGGACUCAGGUGGGAUCAACCUCAUUCCUGUGGAAGGGGAGGCCCAAGACCAGGGGGAGGCUGAAGUCAAAGGUUCGGCACCCCGGAAGAAAGCUGUUGCCACCCUGAAGAUCUACAACAGGUGCCUGGAGGAAGAGUUUGAUCACUUCGAGGACUGGCUGAACGUGUUUCCCCUGUACCGUGGCCAAGGGGGUCAGGGGGACGGAGAUGCAGAAGAAGGAGGGUCUGAGCGCCUUGUGGGCAAGUUCAAGGGCUCCUUCCUCAUCUACCCAGAGGCACAGGCAGUGUCCUCUGAGCCCAAGAUCUCUCGAGGGAUCCCACAGAACCGGCCCCUCAAGCUCCUGGUCAGAGUGUACGUCGUGAAGGCUACCAACCUGGCUCCCGCGGACCCCAAUGGCAAAGCGGACCCCUACGUGGUGGUGAGUGCCGGCCAGGAGCGGCAGGACACCAAGGAGCGCUACAUCCCCAAGCAGCUCAACCCCAUCUUUGGAGAGGUCCUGGAGCUUAGCAUCUCUCUCCCGGCUGAGCCCGAGCUGACCGUGGCUGUGUUUGACCAUGACCUCGUGGGUUCUGACGACCUCAUCGGAGAGACCCACAUCGAUGUGGAAAACCGCUUCUACAGCCACCACCGGGCCAACUGCGGGCUGGCCUCCCAGUACGACGUGGAGGGGUACAACGCAUGGCGGGAUGCCUUCCGCCCGGCGCAGAUCCUGGCAGGGCUGUGCCAGCGCUGCGGCCUCCCCGCCCCCGAGUUCCGAGCCGGGGCCGUCAAGGUGGGCAGCAAAGUCUUCCUGACGCCGCCUGAGACCCUGCCCCAAGGUACCAGCCCCUCCCUGCUGGGUGUCGGGGCCGGCAGCGCCCUGGAGGAGGCCCAGGCAUUGCUGGUGCUGCAGCGCUGGCAGGAGAUGCCAGAGCUUGGGCUCCAGCUGGUCCCCGAGCACGUGGAAACGCGGCCCCUCUACCAUCCCCGCAGCCCAGGGCUGCUGCAGGGAUCCCUUCACAUGUGGGUUGACAUCUUUCCUCGAGACGUGCCUGCCCCGCCGCCAGUUGACAUCAAGCCUCGGCAGCCCAUCAGCUACGAGCUCCGGGUUGUCAUCUGGAACACAGAAGACGUGGUUCUGGACGACGUGAAUCCGCUCACCGGGGAGAUGUCAAGCGACAUCUAUGUCAAAAGCUGGGUGAAGGGACUGGAGCAUGACAAGCAGGAGACCGACGUCCACUUCAACUCCCUGACUGGGGAGGGGAACUUCAACUGGCGCUUCGUGUUCCGCUUCAACUACCUGCCCACCGAGCGGGAGGUGAGCGUCCGGCGCCGGCCCGGACCCUUCGCGCUGGAGGAGGCCGAGUUCCGGCAGCCGGCUGUGCUGGUCUUGCAGGUCUGGGACUACGACCGCAUCUCCGCCAACGACUUCCUGGGGUCCCUGGAGCUGCAGCUUCCGGACAUGGUGCGGGGGGCCCGGGACGCCGAGCACUGCUCGGUGCGGCUGGCCCGCGACGGGGCAGUGCCCAGGUGCAAUCUGUUCCGCUGCCGCCGGCUGCGGGGCUGGUGGCCCGUGGUGAAGCUGCGGGAGGCCGAGGACGUGGAGCGGGAGGAGCGGGAGGCGCAGGCUGGCAAGAAAAGGAAGCGGAAGAGGAGGAAGGGCCGGCCCGAAGACCUGGAGUUCACGGACACCGGCGGCAACGUCUACAUCCUCACGGGCAAGGUGGAGGCAGAGUUUGAGCUGCUGACCGUGGAGGAGGCCGAGAAGCGGCCAGUGGGGAAGGGGCGGAAGGAGCCGGAGCCCCUGGAGAAGCCCAACCGCCCCAAAACCUCCUUCAACUGGUUUGUGAACCCGCUCAAGACGUUUGCCUUCUUCAUCUGGCGCCGCUACUGGCGUGUCCUGGUGCUGCUGCUGCUGCUGGCGCUGGUCACCGUCUUCCUCCUCCUCGUCUUCUACACCAUGCCCGGCCAGAUCAGCCAGGCCAUCUUCAGCCCCCUCCACAGGGCCUCCGACGCCAACUGACCUGCACGGCCGCCCACCGCGCCUGCCCAG